AUGACAACUUCACUUGGAAAUUUCUCAAUUGAUCGAUUAAUUGAUCAUUCACAUUUGACAACAAUUACUCAUGCUAAAUCAACUAGAAAUAUUGUUAGUCAAACGGAGUCGGACUUAAAUUCAAAGCGAUCAAACAAUAAUAAUAAUAAUAAUGAUAAAUUAAAUUCUACAGCAAUAGUAACGACAGCCAUAUGCAAAAAUGAACACAAUUUAUUUCUAUCAACUGGUAUCUAUACGAAAGAAAUACAACAGUCAACGGCACUUGUUAAUAAAAUGCCGAAAUCAACAUUCAGUUCAGAUAAUAACAACGGCAAUAAUAAUAACUGGAAUACUACUGUGUGCAGCACAAAUGGUUUCAGCAAUAUGAAGGCACAAUCAAACUAUUCAAUGGAUGAUGACGUUAUAAACAAUCAUCAAAAAUUUUAUAAUUCUGUUCAUUCAAAUCUUGACAAUUAUCAUCGGAAUAAUUUAAAUGUCACGAUGAAGGAUACAGAUCUCACUUCCAGGAGUUUUAUUGUUGACAAAAUAGAGAUUAAAAAUAAUAAUUAUAGAAUGAAAAAGAAAACCUUUGAACAGAAUACUAAUGUUGAUGAUCAUAAUGGUGAAAAUGAAGCUGAAGAAGAUUUAAUGGAAGAAGAAGAACGUGAUGAAGAAGAUGAUGGUGAUGAUGAUGCGAAAAAAUCGAAUUCUGAGUUAAAUACAUCAGAUAAUACAACUACAAAUAAAACAUAUACAUGUCCAGAAUGUGGUAAAUUAUUCACAGCUCAUUAUAAUUUAACAAGGCAUAUGCCAAUUCAUACCGGUGCAAGACCUUUUAUUUGUAAAGUUUGUAAUAAAGGUUUUCGUCAAGCCAGUACAUUAUGUCGUCAUAAAAUUAUUCAUACAUCAGAAAAGCCACAUAUAUGUUGGAUAUGCGGUAAAGCAUUCAAUAGAAGUUCUACUUUAAACACCCAUUCUAGAAUACAUCAAGGUUAUAAACCAUUCACAUGUGAAGUAUGCGGUAAAGGAUUUCAUCAAAAAGGCAAUUAUAAAAAUCAUAAAUUAACGCAUAGCACAGAGAAACAAUAUAAAUGUCAUAUUUGUCAUAAAGCAUUUCAUCAAAUUUACAAUCUUAGCUUUCAUAUGCAUACACAUCAAGCAAAAAAACCAUACAUUUGUAAUAUAUGCGAUAAAGGAUUUUGUCGUAAUUUUGAUUUAAAAAAACAUAUCAGAAAAUUACAUCCAACUAGUAUUAUAAAUGAUGGAGUAAAUUGUAAACUUGGAGAAAUGAUUAAAAUUAAUGAUUUGAAAAUGAACACUAGUAAUGAUAAUAUAAAUAACAAGUCAACCACUUUACCAAUUACUACUUAUGCUAUGCAUUAUACUGAUAAUAUCAAAUUACAAAAAUCAAAAUAUAUUUAUGAAAAUGUCAAUCAUAUUAAUUGUAAUAUGACCUCCUCUAUGGAGUUUGAUCCAAUGAAGCUGAUCAUCACUUCACCAUCAUCUUCAUCAUCAUUGUCAUCACCAGCAAAAUUAACACUGACAUCAACAAACCCAACAUCGAAUUCCAUAAUCAAUGCUCAAUCCGUGAUAAAACGAAAUAACGCGAACCACUUCAAUCAUCAUAAUAUAAAUAAUAACCAUACAUUAGAUAAUAUGAAAAAAUCAUUUCAUUUAACUGACGUCAAUUUCAAUGUAUCAUCUAUGACGUCUGCAAAAAAUAGACUGAACUCAUCAAAUGGAAUUGAACUAGAUGCACAUUCAUUCAAUGAUACAAUAUAUAAAUCAACUUAUUCUAUCAAUGAUCAAUCAACAAUACCACAAUAUCAGUUAAAUCCAGGAGAAAGUAAUUUCGAUCUAUCAAUGAAGUAUUUGCAAAAUUUCUACCCAGAUAUACAAUUUAAACAAUUCUUGGAAAAACUAGCACCAAAACAUUCAUCCCCAAUUCUAAUGAAUAAAUAUUCCGAUUGUACAGAUUUUUCGCCUCAAACGAUUCCAUCAUCAUCAUCAUCAUCCUCAACGCCAUGCUGUCCAUCGGAAUGCCCUUUAUAUUUAUCACCAUUGUCUUCAUCAUCUUCAGUGGAUUUAUUACGAACGGAACCUAAAAUGAAAUUGAAGAAAUUAGAACUACCGAAUUAUUCUAACAUCAAUAAUUCAACUAAUCUGCAGUCAUUUAAUGCUCACCAAACGACUAACUUCACUCUCCAGACACCACCUCUUAUCUUUAAUAAUCGAAAUCUACGGAAUUGUCCACUUGAUGUUGUACAACACAAUAUGGAGUUAAAAAUUCAAAAUUCUGAAUCUAGUUUACCAUUCAAUUCGAAUUUAACUCCUCAACCUUCAUCUUUAGUGAAUACAGAAAUAUUUCGAAAAUUUAUGCUUCAAGCAUGUUUAUCAUUAAAUCAACAACGCAUGUAA